AUGCCAUCGACUGUCUCUCCUGCGGGAGGGCCCUGGGAGGGACGGGAUCCCAUCGGUGGCAAGACAGCUCUGCUGCGGCAUCUCCACGGGCUCCUCUGCCUGCGCUGGGAGAAGGGCCACGUCCGCCGGCACAUGCGAGAUGCCAACAUUGUCACUCUCUAUAAGAAUAAAGGUGACCGCAGCGACUGCAAUAACUACCGCGACAUUUCCCUCCUCAGCGUCGUCGGGAAGGUCUUUGCCCGCAUCGUCUUACCACACCUGCAGAGCCUCGCCUCUUCUUCUCCAUGCUUCUCCAGUACGCCUUCUACGACUGCACGGUGGGCAUCUACAUCCGCACUAGAGGAAGCAGCAAACUUUACAACAUCGCCCGACUGCGCGCUAAGACCAAGGUCCGUGAGGUCCUCAUUCGUGAGAUGCUGUUUGCCGACGACGCUGCGCUUACGCCCCACACGGAGAACGGUCUGCAAGAAUUAG